AUAAACUUUUAUGGAGAGUUAAUAAGAUAAUCAACCUGUCUAUAGAAAAGAGCUCUUUAUCUUUAAAGAAUUUCUUGAUGGAAUGAAAGAUCUAUGUGAAAAAUAUUAGUCCAUAUUACCCUCUGUUAAAUCAAUAAGAAAGAGACCCAAAAAAUAUAAAAAAAGACCUAAAGAUCCUUAUGCUCCAAAAAUGCCACAAUCACCCUUUAUUUUCUAUUUCAAAAAGAUGAAGCAAAAAUUUUAGAAUGAACAUAAAGGUUAGAAAUUUAAAUACUAUAUUAGAAAAAAAAUUUUCAUAAAUUACAUCUUUAAUUGCAAAAAAAUGGAAAGAAUUAAGUAUUGAAGAAUAGAAAGUAAUUAUUAUUAAAAAAUAGCCUUAUGUCAAACUAUCAGAGGAAGAUAGAAAAAGAUAUAAUGAGGAAUAAAAGCAAUAUUCUGUUAUCACCUAAAAAUAAAUUAGCAAAUAUUUAUAAAAAAAAUUUAAAGUUAACCAAAUUGAAAGUGAUUCUGAAAUUAAUGACCCUAUAUAACCUAAAUAAGAAGAAGAAGAAGAAGAAGAAGAGGAUUCCUUUGGAGGAAACAUUAUAUAAAAUUAAUUUUGAG